AUGCUUGCAUUUUCUUCCAUCCGGGCGUCUGCGCUUUCAGGGGCGUCGACGAAAAGUGUUUCUCCUGGGGAAAUCGUGACAGGUAGCCCGGGCGAGGCACAAACGCCCGCAAGAUCCACGUCGAUCGACUCCUCUCCUGGCUCUCUUUCCCGAGAGGCUGACGGCAAGGGGACCGCGUCUAGCCCUUCUUCGGCCGCAGGUUCUCUGCGGAAGUACUCCGAGCCGACUUCCGACAACCACGCGGAGUCAGGCGUGGCGUCCUGUGGCGCCUCCACCAUUCAUGACUCCGUCGGUGCUGGCGGCUUGACGCCUUCCUCCGCGCAGUCAGGGAUUGCGCAUUUGCGUGCGCGAUUCAGCUCCUUGCCGGCAACCUCUGGUGGAAAUGGGUUCCCUUCUGUCGCCUCGACUCUGGCGACGCGCUGCAUCAAGAGUAACAGCGUGACUGUAGCGACCGGCAGCGCAUCAACGGUGUUAGUGGCGGAGCCACUUCCAGCGGCUUUGCGUCCGAGGAAGAAAUGGACGCCGCCCCCGGUCCAAUGCAAAACGGUGGAGACGCCUUUGGCUGCCGCACAAAUCUCUGGCGCGUUUCCGCCACACCUGCCCCUGCCUGCAGGGCACAGACUGGACGCUGAGGGGCGCCUGGUUCCUGAGACAGUGACCCUUUUUGUCAAAAAGGAUGGCGAGCGAACCGGAUUCCCGAAGCUCAUCACGCGGCCCACGGCUCACUUCGCCCGGCCAGUGCCGUUGUGCAGACUUGUUGGGAUCAAUGAGACCGUCAUCAUGAAAAAAGGCCUGAUGGCUGUCCUUCUCAUCGACGGGAUCGGCAGCCUCGCUCUCUGCAUGCGCGCCGCCAUGACUGCGGAACAGUGGAGCGAGUGCGGCGCCUCUCUUGAUGCGAAAAGAGAAGUCGAGGAACUCGAGGAGCUCCCUGAGCGCGUCAAGAACCGACAGACAGUGCGCAAAUUGAUAGUGGGUGAAAUGUCUCUUCGUCAACUGUUACCGAUUGAUGUGUCGACCGUCGAGACGGACAUGCAGCUCUUGUCUAUGCGUCAACUGCUGAUGUUUCGCAUCAAAAACUGUUACACGUUUGACUCGGCCUCGCUGCACCACGCCGCGCAUUCCUCUCUGCUGCACACGUUGGACCGUCGGCUGGCGGGACUGCUGGGCGAGUGGAUUUUGCAGCGAACGAUCUUCGGCCUGUUCAAAAGGCAUGUGCUGCAUCACGCGGGUGAGUGCUUGAAGCGCGCAUGCGAGAAGAAGAACGUGGACACGCCUCCCAAAACCUCCCGGUUUACUUCAAAAUGGCCCGGGAAGCGUGAGCUCUCUGCUGCUCAAGCUUUCAAGGCCGUGAUGCGGCGCCUGACUCUCGCGAAAACGGAGGAACCUACAUAUACACCCGGAACAACUGCGGUGCCUCCUGCGUCGACCCAGGCGAUUCUGCGAGGCAGGAAGGCGCCGACGCCGCCUCAAGCAGACACGAAGGUUGCGAGUUGUGUACCGGACGUGGGUGAUUCGGGAGACCUGAGCUCCAAGGUCGAGAAGUGCCCACAAACGAAGAAGCGGUGGAUCGGCACAUCCUUCUUCUCCGCGAUGCGGAGGGCCACGGAAAGACCUGCGGUGGCGGCGGUCGGGGCAGCGAGACUCUCAAGAGCCACGACGCUUCCGAACUUGAGGCGCCAGCCGUCGAAGGGAGCCCUCGCGGCAACGGUGGCGGCGCGACGGGCGCAGCGGAGACACUGGAGACGGUCCUUCGACGACAACAUGGUGCAUGCAUGCGCUUCGCGGCAACAGGCCAUGCUGGUGGAGAGAGCCUCGCUGGUAGAGGUCGACACUGACCCCGGGAAGGACCGUGAGGAGAAGAAGCCUGAGAACGAUGGCUUGCGUCCGACCCUUCUGAACUCGAUCAAGGCCAGGGAGUCGAACGCUCCGGCGAAGUCCGCGACGCGCGAGGCAGAAUAUCGGGAGCAACAGAGGCGAGAAUCCGCGGAUUCCCUCGCGAGCAAAAUGGUGGAGCAGGCGUUUCUUGCGGGGGGUUUGAUUCACUACUUGCCAUCAGAGUACGCGAUGCCGGGCAGGGUCGACGAAGCGACGGGGUCGCAGAAACGCGAGCUGGGCAGACAGCUGGUGCUGCAACUGGGGCUCAUGCUGGCUGCGAAGGACAGGCGAAGGAAGCUCUUUGCAUGCAUGGAGGAGCUGGACACGAUCGUGAAUGGGAGGGCCGGGAACGACGGGAAGUUCCACCGGCCCACGCGGACGACUGGCUCGGGGAACCGCGAGGCGGCCAUCGCGGGUAUGCAAAACGGAAGUCCAGGCACACAGCAGGCACCGAGCACGCUCACGUCGAAAGAGAAGGGGAUGCGGCGGCAGAAGUCGGUCGCGUUUCCAGGGCUUCCCGAAGAAGACGGCAGCCGCGAUGAGAGGCAACAGUCCGGAGGCAAGAACGGGGACGUUGGCGAGACAGACGGGAACGCUGGGGCUGCCUUGACGCCGCAGAGAAGCGAAGAACGAGCAAGAAUAUUCACGGGCUUGUCUCAACUUGAACACGAUCGCGGAAGCGUACUGGAGGUCGAACGCAAUCCGGAGGGCAUGUGGAUUCGGCUGCUGGUGAGCGCGAACGUGGCGGCCGAGCUGGCCAAUAUAAACUCUGUGUCGCCGAUCAAGAGCAGCACCUCGCCGGGGCAGAAACCGAAGGCGACGCGCGGGGCGUCGACGGGGUCGGGCGUCGGCUUUGGACGAGUUCGGCGAAGCACCAGUCGGUUUCUCUCCGGGAAGAAGAACGGUAGGAAAACGAUUGGAGCGACAGCCGCGGAAUCCAGCCUGGACGCCGCGAUCCAGCGCUCUCUGCAUUUCGAACGACUGAAACUGGAGCUGCAGCGAAAUCCGCGCGCCGGCUGGUGCGAGUGCUUUCUCCUGAUCCGGCCUCUAGUCCCGGGUCUGUACGCCUCGGGAGAUCCGGACGAAGCGAACACCUUCAGCGACAGACUGCGGCGUGCGGGGUUGAAGUGGACCUGUUCGACGACGUGUCUCGCAGAAAGCGCGAGUGUAAGGACAGCCGGAGAAGGCGAGUACGAAGUCAUCGUCAGCGACGACCGACCCGUCGGUGCAGGCGUCUUUUGGGGAAUGCAAGCGGGAGAAGCGUUCUGGCAGCGCCCAGGCAGCGACGCGGGUUUGUGGGAAGUGUCGCUUCUCCGCGACCAGGUCCCUCUCGAUAUGCAUGUCGGCGGCGACGUCCGCGUCAAAAACCUGAUGAAGGAACUGACAGAAUGCCUGAACCGGAGAAACCAAGAGAAGGCGCUAGAAGCUGGAAUGGACUCCGAGCGCGGCUGACCUACGGAGAAGAAGGCGGAAAAUGGCCGAGGAAAACCGUUGAGGCGACUUCCCACACUUUCAGAAGGGUUAAAGUGCGGAGGGGGUCUGAGAACUGUUUGCGUCCGUGCGGGAGUCAGGUGGCAGCCACCGGGUUCGGCUGUACAGACAGCACUUCGCGCUCGGUGGGGGGAACUCGUG